AUGGAGUCAGAGACUGAGGACAAGGAGAUGGAGUCAGAGACUGAGAACAAGGAGAUGGAGUCAGAGACUGAGGACAAGGAGAUGGAGUCAGAGACUGAGGACAAGGAGAUGGAGUCAGAGACUGAGGACAAGGAGAUGGAGUCAGAGACUGAGGACAAGGAGAUGGAACGGAGCAAGCGAGUUGUUGCGGGGCCUGGAGUGCUUUGCAAGGUGAAAGAGUGGCUCGAGGACGGGCAGAGGAAACACCCCCGAGCUGCACGAUUAACCAAGAAAGUUCUGGACUCCCUAAAAGGGCCAAACGGCGAGAAGAGAAAAGACAGCGAGAACCAAACCCAAUCCUGCCAACAGCUGUCCCCCAAACUUAACUGA